UUGAAAAACAAGUGCCAACCACCAUCAUCAUUGUAACAUCGAUGCUCCUUCAUCAUUUUUUAUAUGCAUGCAUACAAACAGUGCUUCUUGGAUUUCGCGUGUUGUAGGCGGCUUAUCAAUUUAUUCAGCAUUCGACUCUUUCCCAAAAGUCGCAUAUUGACUGCUUCAAAACCAGACGCAUAGUAACCGAAGUAGCCUGCCAGACUCUUUGUAUAAGCGCGUGUGGUCUUCAUUAACUUCGGUCUAUUAUUCGCCACGAAAGCCUUUCUAAAGAUAUAUUCCUUCACAGCAUUCACUUCUUCUUCCAUGCAGCUCUGAUGAUGAGCAGCCGAGUCGACAGUCGCCUACUCAGCCUGGUUAAGUUCCAUAUCUUCUGCACUUUAUCACUUGUUGCAAUCAUCUUCAUCAUAUAUGAAGACGGUAUCAUAUAUAAGGAUUCCCAGAACUCGGUUGAGUUGAAAGAUGAAGCUGUUUCUCAGGUGCUGCAGACUCAUAAUAUUGAACGACAGUUCAUCAAGUCUGAUGCACCUAGCAAAGCGCUGCGUUCUAUGCAAGAAGAGGUUCUAGAUGUCGUUGAAGUUGAUACAGAAGACACAAGUCCUGUUGUUGCUCCUUUCAAUGUUACUGAAGAAGAAAGAAUCAGCUGGUUUAAGGGAAAGCUGCCCCAGUUUGUGAUUUUUGAUUCAGACGAGAAGGCACUGCAGUUUCAUGGUAGAGUUCUUGAAUUCUUUGACCAUGAGUGUGAGACUCAGUUCUUCAUGACAUGGAUUUCACCAGUGAGGUCUUUUGGAAGCAGAGAAGUCCUAUCGCUGGAGAGUGUAUUCAGAGCUCAUCCUCGCGGGUGUUUGAUGAUUCUCUCGAGAACCAUGGACUCGAGGCGAGGUUAUAGGCUUCUGAAGCCGCUGCAGGAUCGCGGCUACAAAGUUCAUGCAGUGACACCAGACUUGUCAUUUCUGUUCAAGAACACCCCAGCUGAGGCCUGGUUUGCUGAGAUGAAGAAAGGUAACAGAGACCCUGGUGAGAUUCCAUUAGCUCAGAACCUGUCUAAUUUAAUGAGACUAGCAGUUAUAUACAAGUAUGGAGGUGUGUACCUGGACACAGAUUUCAUCGUCACGAAAUCAUUUUCCGGGUUGAGGAACUCAAUCGGUGCACAAAGUAUGGAUGCAGAAUGGAAACACUGGACCAGGCUAAAUAAUGCAGUUCUGGUGUUUGAUAUGAAUCAUCCUCUGCUGCUCAAAUUCAUUGAGGAGUUUGCCUUGACUUUUGAUGGGAAUAAAUGGGGUCAUAAUGGACCCUAUCUUGUUUCCAGAGUGGUCCAGAGAGUGGAGAACAGACCUGGAUAUAACUUCACAGUUCUGCCUCCUUUGGCUUUCUAUCCGGUGGAUUGGACUAGAAUCGGGGGCUUGUUUAAGAAGCCGAAAAACCAUGCUGAUACUAAAUGGAUUAAAGUGAAGCUGCUUCAGCUUAGUAGAGAGACUUACGGAGUACACCUAUGGAACAAGCAAAGUAGCAGAGUACAGAUCGAAGAAGGAAGCAUUAUGCAGAGAUUGAUCUCCGAUCACUGCGUUAUCUGUAAAGGCAUAUAUAGUUCAUAAAACAGUCUUUGUAACAAGAAAUUGAUGAAGUUUCUUCAAUCUGUGGCGAAGUCACAGACUGGAGAUUGACACCCUCCUAUCUGGUGGUGUACUCUGUUCAGCAAUUUUAGAUAGAAAAACAGUGAAAGGUCUAUCAUUUUUUGUAUCAUUCAGAACUUUUUCAUCUUGUUCUUCCUGGGGAAUUUUAUGCUCCAGUGUAAUUAAAUCAUCAAUCCAUUGUAAAUCUCGGAUUCUGUAAGCAAAUAAAAAUAUAUACAUCCUGUCUGGAUA